AAAUCUGAAUACAUGGCUGGAAGCAACCACACAUCAGUGACUGAGUUCCUGCUUGUGGGUCUGACAGAUCGUCCAGAACUGCAGAUGCCCCUCUUUGUCCUGUUCUUGAUCAUUUAUCUGGUCACUAUGGUAGGAAAUGUGUGUAUGAUCCUAUUAAUCCAGAUCAAUACCACUCUUCACACCCCCAUGUACUUCUUUCUGUGUAACCUCGCGCUCUGUGAUAUCUGCUACUCUACUGUCUUGUCCCCUAAAAUGUUGAUAAAUUUCUUUUUGGAAAGUAAGUCCAGCUCAUUCAUUGGAUGUGUCUUUCAGAGUUUCUUUUUUGCCAUUUAUAUUACUACUGAGGGCUUCCUCCUGGCCAUCAUGGCGUAUGACCGCUACACAGCGAUCGUCAACCCUCUGUUGUACACAGCUAUCAUGAUCCCAAAGAUCUGCAUUCAGCUAGUGCUUGCAUCCUAUCUGGGAGGUCUUGUCAAUUCGCUGACACACACAGUUGGAUUAUUGAGGUUGAAUUUUUGCGGACCUAAUGUCGUCAAUCAUUUCUUCUGUGAUAUCCCCCCUCUCCUGAAACUCUCCUGUUCUGACUCCCACACCAAUGAGCUGCUACUUUUGACCUUCUCUGGAGUGAUUGCAACAAUCACCUUAAUUAUCAUCGUGAUCUCUUAUGUCCAAAUCGUCAUCGCCAUCCUCAGGAUCGGCUCGGUCAAGGGGAGAUACAAAACCUUCUCCACUUGCACCUCCCACCUGACAGCUGUGAUCUUGUUCUAUGGCUCACUGUCCUUCAGCUACAUUCAGCCCAGUUCCCAGUAUUCCCUGGAGCAAGAGAAAGUGUCUGCGGUGGUUUACACCCUGGUCGUCCCCAUGCUAAAUCCCCUGAUUUACAGCCUGAGGAACAAGGAUGUGAAGGAGGCUUUGAAAAGGUCAAUCAAGUGGAAAAAUUGCCACCACUAA